AUGAGAGACUAUCCUUCGGUGCCCAAUGUGUUUCGCGUGGCCUCUACGCACAGCAUCAACAGCGAGAAUCCCUACAACAACGCCCGGCCAGCGAAUGCCAACUGCAGCACGAUCGAGAGGCAGCCGCUGGCCAUCCACCAGCUGACCACCAGUGCGUCCAUCGAGCACAGUCAGCCCUCGCAGCAGCAGCAGCAGCAGCAGCAGCAGCAGCAGCAGCAGCAACUGUUGCUGCACCACCAACAGCAGCGGCAGCAGCAGCAGCACCUGCACCACUCCCCCUACGCAACACUGCCGCGGGGCCAGCGAUUUGCACCGCAGCAACACCAGCCAACUGGCCUGAUCAACACCAUCUCCGGCAGCAUACCAGCCACGGGCUUUAGCUCCCUGGCCGGCAGCUUCAGUGAUCUGCACUUGAACAACAUCAGCAGCACGGGCAAUUCCAACAGGACCCACAACAGCAGCAGCCAGCGACAGCAGCAACAUCGCCAGCAGCAGCAGCAGCAGCAGCAGCGACAGGUGGUCUCCUUGAGUCGCCAGCAGCCAGCCAAGGAGGUGCAACAGCAGAAGCAGCAGCAACAUGUCCAGCGACAGCAGCAACCUCGCCUGGCCAGUGGGGGUGCUGGUGCUCCCGAUCCGCAGGGUGGUCUCAGCAACAUGACCACUGUCCACGGAGGUUACCUGUGGCUCCUCACACCUGUUGCCGCCAGCAUAUCGGUGGCCAUUGUCAUCGCCGCCCUGGCCGGUCCCCAGUGGCUCUUCACGGAGGAGAAGCUGCCCAAUGCCAACUACAAUGGAACGGCCAACUUCAAAGCCAUGGACGAUGGCGCCUACAUCACCAAGUGCACCAAGUCCAGUCUGUGGAUAUUGUGCACCAGCCUGCCAGGCCAAGAUGCUGACUCCUCGUACAACUGCGUUAAGAUCGACUACUUUUCCAACGAGGGCUAUCAACCGGAUCCACACGACUCAACAGCAGCAAUACCCUAUACCGUCACCAAGUCGUGCCCUAUUUUCCUGGCUGCCGGUGUGUUCCUGGUUAUCAGCUUCAUAGUCUUCCUGAUCCCCACGUGCUCGCAUCAGAACAAUCUGUAUUAUUUCAGCGCCGGAAUUCUCUUCAUUGUCAGCGGUCUCGUCAUGCUGAUCGGCCUGAUUGCCUACAUAUCCAUACUAAAGGCGGAAAUCGGCUCGAAGCUGAGACCCCGCUCCACCCUCCAGCCCGCCCUCAUCAAGGUCUCCUAUGGCCAGAGCUUCUUCCUCUUCGUCUUUGGCUUCAUCAUCACGGAGUUCGUGGGCGUCCUCAACAUCUUCCUCUUCAUCAACCUGCAGGAGGUCAGCUACUACAGCGUGAGUAAUUCCAAAAGUCCCGAGUCUGUAUAAGAUACCUUU